CCGCCGUCGCGGUAAUAAUAGUAAUAAUAAUAAUACAAUAUUGUAUGGGUGUAUACAUAAUGUGUAUGUGCAAUUAUAUUUAUAAAUAAUUUCCAACACUCAUCCGCCGUCGUCGUCGUCCUCCGACGUGGCCCCCCUCGGAACGUCUCUCGCUCGCGUUAUCGGCUUUUUCGUUUAUUAUUAUUAUAAAUCGUUUCGUCGUUUAAAUCACGACUGCGUCGGGCUAUAUUUUGACAGUCGUAAAAUUUGCUUAUCGUCUUCAACGCCGAUAAGUGUACAGGAAACUACUACAGAGGAGGAGGAAGUCACACACGAGAGUCGUUUGGAUUUCGUAGCCGGUCGCACACGAUCCACCGCCGUCCGUCGGCCGCCACUCGCUACUCGCACUUUUCGCGUUCGAGUGCCGCCGCUACCGUCCCGUGCGAUCCACACGAGAGACGUCUCGUAACGUCAGUAUUGUCGUCGCAGACUUGGUCGUAACACUCUGUCGGUCGGCUCCCGAAGAAGACGCGUAGUGGCCGACAAGAUCGUCCUUUUCCGUAAUAUCAUAUUCGACGUCCGACGAAGAGUACUUAUUUGAUUCACUAUGAGUGAUGACGGUGAUAUUAUUCCAAGCGUUAUGCAAAAUGGUGGAAAUCAAUACAAAAUAAAAGAGAAUUCAUUUUUACCUAGUGCUGUUGAAAAUAACACAACAAUGAGUUUUGAAAGCUCCAAACCAGCAGAAAACUAUGGACCAGAUCAAGUUUUACCUGCUUCACAAAAAUAUACAAGUGAAGCAAAUGGCCGAGUUACUUUAAGAAUUGAGGCUGGUGCAGAUAAUACACCUGUAUCUGUACCUGGACUUUUGACUAAAAGUGCUGAAAAAUAUGGAGAUCUACCGGCGUUAAAUUAUAAAUCGGCCAAUAAAUGGGUCAAAGUUACUUAUAAAGAAUAUGAACAAAAUGUACGAACUGUUGCUAAAGCUUUUAUUAAGUUGGGCCUUGAGAGAUUUCAUGGUGUCUGUAUAAUCGGGUUUAACUCACCAGAAUGGUUUUACUCAGACUUAGGUGCCAUUUAUGCUGGUGGUUUUGCUGCUGGAAUGUAUACAACAAAUCUUGUUGAUGCUUGUCUCCACUGUUUAGAGACAAGUAAAGCAAACAUUGCUGUAGUUGAAGAUAGUAAACAAUUGGAAAAAAUACUAUCAAUCAAAAGUCGUCUACCCCAUUUGAAAGCCAUCAUUCAAUAUGAAGGCAAACCUACUGAAGAGGGUGUUUUAUCUUGGGAAGAUGUUAUGAGGAUUGGAUCAGCUGAAUCUGAUGACAAAUUAAAUGCCAUAUUGAAAUCCAUGGGAGUCAACGAGUGUUGUACAUUAGUAUUUACGUCUGGAACUGAAGGCGCAUCAAAAGCAGUCAUGGUUAGUCAUGAUAAUCUAACAUACAAUGCAUAUAUGAUAACAAAAUUCUUGUCCUUGAUGGAUGGCAAAGAAGUUCUUGUGUCAUAUUUACCUUUGAGUCAUGUUGCAGCUCAAAUCACUGAUAUAUAUAGUGCUAUCACAAUAGGGGCUCAAGUAUUUUUUGGUGAAAAAGACGCUCUAAAGGGUUCUUUAGUGAACACACUUCAAGCUGCCAGACCUACAGUUUUCUUAGGUGUCCCUCGUGUUUGGGAAAAAAUUAAUGAAAAAUUAGUGAGCAUUGGCCGAAAAUCGGGUUCAUUGAAGAAGUACAUUGCUGAUUGGGCUAAAGAAGUUGGCUUAAAUCAUUAUGAAGAUGCAAUGAAAGGAGUUGAAAGAGAAACAUACUCGUAUAAAUUCUUCAGAUGGUUAAUAUAUGGUCGUAUCAAAAGUGCUAUUGGUUUCGAUAGAUGCAAAUAUUUUAUUUCCGCUGCUGCUCCUAUAUCAGUGGAACUAAAAAAAUAUUUUAUGAGUUUGGACAUACCUUUGUGCGAAGCAUUUGGAAUGUCUGAGUGUGGAGGUGCACAUACAUUGAGUAAUCCAACUGAUGAAAAUGUUGCUGGUGUUGGAAAAACAUUAGAAGGAGUCACUUCAAAAAUUGACAAACCUGACGAGGACGGUAAUGGCGAGUUGUGUAUUUAUGGACGUCAUGUGUUUAUGGGUUAUUUGAAUCUGAUGGAAAAAACAGAGAGUACCCUAGACACCGAUGGAUGGCUUCAUUCUGGUGAUAUUGCCCAAAUAGAUGAUAAAGGAUAUGUUACUAUUACUGGAAGAAUAAAGGAAUUGUUAAUAACAGCAGGUGGAGAGAACAUACCUCCUGUAUUAAUCGAAAACAAUGUUAAAGCCGUAUUACCAGUUGUUAGCAAUGCUUUCUUAAUAGGUGACAAGAGAAAAUUCUUGUCCAUACUGUUAUCUCUAAAGUGUGAAGUAGAUGCUGAAACUGCUGAGCCACUCGACACUUUAACACCUGAAGUAAUUUCAUGGCUAUCGUCACUUAAUUGUAAGUUUACCAAAGUAUCGGAGGUUGUAGCAAACAAACCUAAAGAAGUUUUUGAUGCGAUACAAAAAGGCAUUGAUGCAGCCAACAAGAAAGCUAUAUCUAAUGCACAGAAAAUCCAAAAGUUUUCUUUUAUGCCAGUUGAUUUCUCCUUGCCUACUGGUGAAUUAGGUCCUACAUUAAAAAUUAAACGUCCCGUUGUGAACGAAAAAUACAAAGAUUUAAUCGAAGAGUUCUACAAGGACUGAUGAAACCACAUUGGUAAAAGACAAUUUUUGUUCAUGUUACACAAUGAAUGUUACAUUACAUCAGAAAAGAAAAUUAAAAACACAAAUUGUUCACGCAGGGUGUUUGAAUUUACAGUUUUCUAUCAUUUUGUACCAGUUUCAAAUCUAUAAUCUGUAAAAUUUUAUUUUAUUUUUCAAAUUGUAUAUCUCCUUCUUUAUCCCUUGAAACUAUUGUUGUUGUACUUAAAUAUGAAUAAGUUAUUUUUAUUAUAUUUCCCGUUACCUUGUGAUCUGAAUUUUUGUACUGGUGCUGUGUACAAAAUUUUGUUAUCUGUAGGUAACUAUUAUCUUUUUAAUUUAAUUAUUUUAAAUAGACAAGUUAUUAUUGUUUUAGUAGAAUUAUUUUUUAUUGUGAUAUUAUUUUUUUUUUCAAACAAAACAGUUAGAAUUUUUAUGAAAUAUUUUAAUUGAAUAUUAUUUAAAAUUAAGUUAAUUAAUUGGUGAUAAAAAUAAAAAACAUAACAUUAAUUGUUAUUCUAAUAUGUGUGCACAUAUAUACUUAUUAAAAUAUUACAAACUUGUUGUACGGUUUCAUGUAUAAUCCGUGAUAAUAUUGUCAAUUCUUCUUAAUGUAAUGUUGUGUUACUUGUAACAAUUAUUAUAACAUUAUGAUGUUUUUAUAUAAUACUAUUAUACAUAGUUUGUUGCGUAUAGUAUCCAUUGUGUGAUUUUUUUGUCGAAUUAUGUAUAUUUUAAAACAAAAAUCGUGCAACAAAGCUUUGUCUUAUUUUUUUUGUAUUUGAACCACGGAAGAACUGUUUAGUCUUUAAUUUACAUUUUUAGUCUGGUUUUACUUGUUAAAUUAUUUUGAAUCUGUUAUUGGUAUGAAUUUUUUUUAUGCGUGAGUGAUUGCUCACCAUGUUUGCUCACGAGCUGCUUAACCGAACCUAUUUAGUGUUCUUACCACAUUAUAUUAACUUUUAUCAAACGGUUAAGUCAGAUUAGGUUAUUAGAACAGGAUUGGCUUAAGUCUGUAUUCAAUGUUUAUAAUGAUUAUCUUUUUUUAAGUUACAUUAUUACCUAAUUCUUAUAAAAACACUCAAGUACUUUGACGGAAAUAAUACUUAAUUGAUUUCUAAGAUUAGUGUUUUUUUCUGUUAUUUUAACUUUUGUCCAAACAUAAAUUUCUUUCAUCUAUCUUUGUUCGGCUGCUCUGAGUUUUUAUAGUACUUAUCAAUAUAGAAUUUCUAAAAAAGACAAUAAUUAGUUGGGUAAAAAUGAUGAUUUUUGCCCAACAGCAGUUAAUGGUACUUUGAGUAUAAUACAAAGUAUAUAUUUAUAUUUUUUGAAAUUUAUAUCGCAUUUGUUUAAUAUUUUUAAACUUAGUACAAUGUUAUAUUUAUUACAAACAGUUUGAUAAUGAGCUUUUUUUAUGUAAACAAUGUUUAAAACAUUAGACACUAUUUAUUACGAGCUUAUAGAACAUAAUAUUUUUUUAAUUGUGAUUGAUUUUAUGUGCAUUAUGGUCAAAUGUUAUUAAAGAAAAGUAUGAUGACAAAUUGUA